GCCCACAACCGCGUCCCUCUCCGCUGCUACGCACGGCCCCUCUCCCCGCGCCACGCCGCGCCGCCCCCAUCCGCCGGGCCCCUUCUUCCCGCGCCGCCACUCUUGCUCCCAUCCACCGCGCUCCUCUUCGCUCUCCGCGCCGACCCGGCUGGAGCCGACGAGGAGGCCUAACAAACGCUCUAAUCGCGGUACGGGGAGCGAGUGGGGUCGGAGCUACGGGAGCGGAAGCGGUUUGGAGCGCUGCCAAACUGGGCCUAACGGCGAGCGACGAUUCUGGCGAAGUUCUAGGUAGCUAGGUGGCCGUGUGGCGGCGCCCCUGUGGCCAAUCAGCGGUCCGCCUGUGCGCGACUUCCCAGGCCAGGGGCCGACCUGCCGCAAACAUCAACUUAGCAUAGGAGGUCAGGAGAAGGCGGUCCGGCGCAGCACUGCAGCCGCCCUGCAGUGCACCAAGCUGUGCCAAGGGCGGCAGCAGGGACAUUGACAUCUGAUUUUGACCCAUUAGAUUUCUGGAUGGCUCUGAUUGAAUAAACCACAAAGGAGAUGCCCUGGAAUAGAUUCACGCCCUUCCUUUCAAAAUGUUGUACUUCUACCAUUCAGACAUCCCCAUCAUAUUCAUCUUUUUCCUCGUCCUUGUCCCCGAUACAACCAUGGUUAUUUGUCGGUCUUGGCAACCCUGGUGAGAAGUAUCAAUCCACCAGGCACAACGUGGGUUUUGAUAUGAUAGAUGCAUUUGCGCAAUCCCAGGGUAUACCCCUGACUACACAUUACUUCAAAGCACUCUUUGGUGAAGGGAUGGUUGAUGGAGUCCCUGUUCUUAUUGCCAAGCCCCAGACUUAUAUGAAUCUCAGUGGAGAAUCUGUUGGUCCACUUGCUGCCUAUUAUAAACUGCCACUUAAUCGUGUCCUAGUGGCGUUUGAUGAUAUGGACUUGCCAUGUGGAGUUCUCCGCUUACAGCCAAAAGGAGGCUUUGGACGGCACAAUGGGUUGAAGAGUGUUAUAUACCACUUUCGUAAGAAUCGAGAAUUUUGCCGAUUAAGGAUUGGAAUUGGACGGCCACCUGGCCAGAUGGAUCCUAAAGCCUUUGUUCUUCAGAAGUUCAAUAGGACUGGCCGUGAACGGAUUGAUUCAGCCAUAAGAGAGGGUGUCAAUAUUCUGAAGAUGGUGGCCACCAGGGGUUUGACAGAGGCGGCAAGAUUGUCAAAUGCAGAUCAGAAGUAUAAACUUCUGAGAUCACAUGAUAUUCAGACUAACGAUGACUAGAGUCUGCUUAUCAGGGAACUACUCUUUCAGCACACCUCUUGGCUUGUUAAGCAAAAUGCUUUAUGUUGACAAUCAAAAUUGACACAAAUUAGAAGUUGAGAAUGGUUUGCUCAGGAUGUCGUUCUCGGACACAUAGAAUUUUUUGUAGUGAGAAGGUGCCGCAGGACUAUGGAACUAGAAAAUAAAAGUUGUGUUUUACUACUCCGAACAAUCCACUUUGUUUUACUA